AGUCAGUGCAAAGUUGAAAGUGAUAUCGGUUACGUAUACUUGCAUCUGAUUAAUUUGGAGCAUUCCUCCAUCGUUCCGUAGCCACUACACCCUGGUUUUGUACAACCGUUUUUUUAUAUUUUACUCAGUUUAACAGAAAGUCGCAGCCGAAAAAUGUUGAAGGGAUCUGUUGCAUUGAUAACUGGAGGAGCCUCUGGUUUGGGACGAAGUGCCGUGGAAAGAUUUGUAAGAAAUGGAGCCAAGGUUGUGAUCGCCGAUCUGCCGUCAUCAAAAGGAAAGGAGUUGUCCAGUGAUUUAGGGGAAUCGACUUUAUUUGCACCGGUGGAUGUAACGUCGGAGAACGACGUGCUGAAUGCUCUGAAUGCUACUAAACAAAAAUUUGGCAGACUGGAUUACAUAGUGAAUGCUGCAGGUAUCGCAGUUGCCUAUAAGACCUACAACUUUAAUAAGAAAUUGCCACAUGCUUUGGAUGAUUUCCAGAGAGUAAUUAACGUUAAUACAGUAGGUACUUUUAACGUUAUCAGAUUAGGUGUGGGUCUUAUUGGCGAAAAUGAGCCCAACGAAGAUGGCCAACGGGGCGUGGUCGUUAACACCGCUAGCGUAGCAGCAUUCGAUGGCCAGGUGGGCCAAGCUGCAUAUUCGGCUAGCAAAGGUGCAAUCGUUGGAAUGACUCUACCGCUAGCUCGAGAUUUGUCUUCUAAUGGUAUACGAGUCGUGACCAUAGCUCCAGGGCUUUUUGACACUCCGCUACUGCAGUCUCUGCCAGAAAAAGUUCGUAUCUUCCUGGCAAAGACAAUUCCUUUCCCCCAAAGAUUAGGGAAGCCUGACGAGUACGCUCAAUUGGUACAGUCUGUCAUAGAGAAUCCUCUAUUGAACGGUGAAACGAUAAGAUUAGACGGUGCUCUCCGAAUGCAAGCCUAAUAUUCCCAAAGGGACCCAGAAGCCGGAAAUGAUGAUAGGACUAAUGGCAAGUGUAUGGACCCGCAAAGUUUAAUAUAUCGCACUGAUUUACAUACAUUCUGGAAUCUCGUAGAGUCGGAGAGUUGGUCUACCACAAAGUCCAGUCAUGAAACGGGACGUCAAACACUCGGGAUAACCUCAGUUGCUACGAUUUAUUGCAUUUACAAAGGUACCAACCGAAAGUACAUUGUUAUACAGGUAUCGACAAUUCUCUUUAUUACUUAUGUCUGUACAUUAAUGCAUCUUUGUAAAUACACGUUGCAAAAGUCGCAACUUA